AUGUUGGCUAUUGGAGAUUCAAUUUUACGUAUUAUCAAUUUCGUCUUUUUAGUGAUUGCCUUGGGGUUAACUGGUUCAUUAGCGGCAACCACUAUAACUCAAUCAAAUCCACAAAUUAAUUUUGGGGUAUUUGCUGCUUCCUUUGGUAUUUUAACAUCAUCAAUCUAUGGAAUCUUGGCAUUCUUUAUAGCUGCCUUUGCCUGGCCAGUGGUUUUAUUUUUGUUUGACUUUUUGAAUUUUGUAUUCACAUUUGCUGCUGCUACUGCAAUUGCUGCCGGAAUUAGAGCUCAUAGCUGUUCUAAUAAGGCAUACUUGGAUAGUAACAAUAUUACUCAAGGUUCAGGAGCAAGAUGUAGAAAAUCACAAGCUUCAGUUGCAUUCUUGUACUUUUCUACAUUUAUCUUUUUAGCUUCAGGUAUUUUUAGUACCAUUGCCCUUGUUCAAGGUGGAUUAUUUGGAGGAUCAAGACCAGCCGCAAGAACUGGCGUUCCAACCAUGUCUCAAGUUUAA